UUAACGUCCUUCCAAAGAUUCACAAAACCCAAGCUGCUACUCUCUCUUCUUCCCAUCUCACCACCUCACCUACUUUCUUUUUUCUCUCUGAGAAUUCACAAAGUUUUGAUCUUCUCUCUUACCUAUAAUGCUAAACCAAUUUUUGGUUGGGGAAAUCUAUUAAAUAUUUAAUCUUUUUGCAGGCGCUUGAAAUGAACAGGAAGAGUUGCUUUGUGGUUUAAUGAGUGGAAGGGUAAAGUUGAAUUCUUGAGAGAAGAGGCAAGCAAUGUGAAGAGAAAGAUUUUGUUCACAGAAUGGUGGCUGCCAUUUCUCAACAAAUAGCAACAGCAGCUUCUUCAACCAAAAAUGGUGAGCCUCGAGAACAAGAAGAAAACCCAACAACUAGUUCACGAACAAAACCUCCUCUUUUGCCUUCUGAGAAAGACAAUAAUGUACGCAUUGGGGUUAAUAAUCCUAGAAAACCAAGAGGUAGGCAAGUCUCUUCUAGAUAUAUGUCUCCUUCUCCUUCCUCUUCCUCUUCUUCUUCAACAAAAACAACGAUUGCAGCUAAACCCCCCAGCCAAAGCCAAAGAUUUUCAUCUCCACUCUUGUCUCGUUCUACCAAUUCACCUUCUACACAAACUACAUUUCAAUCUUUAGCUCCUAAAAGAUCACAAUCAGUUGACAGAAGGCGACCAAUUAGUAUCACUACUCCACGUCCAACAACGCCGGUUCCAAACUCUAAACAAGCCAAUGCAAGUCAAGAACUUUCAACUGCAACAAAAAUGCUUACCACUUCGACUAGGAGUCUGUCUGUUUCUUUUCAAGGAGAGGCGUUUUCUCUUCCUAUAAGUAAAGCAAGGGCAAAGGCUACUCCUGAGAGGAGAAGAGCCACUCCUGUUAGAGAUCGGCCAUGGCCGAGUCGGACCCGGUCAGGUAAUCCGGCUUCUAACCCUUUAGCAAGGAGUUUGGAUUCUAGUGUUGAGAGUAAGAAGUUGAUUGGGGUUGGAUCUGGGUUGGUGGCCAAGUCGUUGAACCAAUCUUUGAUUGAACAUGAGAGUAGGUUGAGUUUGGAUUUGAGCAACGCUAAGCAGAACCCUGAUGGGAAUUUGUUGGUAAAUGAGUCUGCUGAUCUUUUAACAUCUGAUGAUACUGAUAGUGUGUCCUCUGGCAGUACCAACAAUUCUGGAGUGCCAGAUUCUGGUGGUGUUCUUUCGAGAAUGAAAAAUGGUGCUCGUGGCAUUGUUGUUUCUGCAAGAUUUUGGCAAGAAACCAAUAGCCGGUUAAGAAGAUUACAAGAUCCAGGGUCACCUUUAUCAACUAGCCCUGGGUCAAGAAUGAGUAGUAAUCCAUCAAAGUACUUGCAAUCAAAAAGAUUUUCUAGUGAUGGUGCAGUGAAUAUGUCUCCAAGAACAAUGGCUUCUCCUAUAAGGGGAGCGACUAGGCCGGCAUCUCCCAAUGCAAUUUGGAAUGGUCCAGGUUUGUCUCCAUCAAGGGGAAUUGCUAGUCCUUCUAGAGUGAGAAAUACGUUUGGUGGUGCCUUGAGUUGGAAUUCUAGCAACACACCUUCAAUUCUUAGUUUUUCUGUGGAUAUAAAGAGAGGGAAGAUGGGGGAGGAUCGAAUUGUUGAUGCACAUAUGUUGAGGCUUCUGUAUAACCGCUACUUACAGUGGCGGUUUGUAAAUGCUAGGGCUGAUGCUACCUUCAGGGUGCAGAAAACGGAUGCAGAGAAAAAUCUGUGGAAUGCAUGGGCAACAAUUUCAGAACUACAACAUUCAGUCACUCUCAGAAGAAUCAAGUUAUUAUUGCUGAGGAAAAAGCUGAAAUUGACUUCCAUCCUCAAGGGACAAUUUCAAUGUUGUGCAGUUUCCCAAUAGACCAGGAAGGAGUGUAAAUGAUUUGUAUUUUGUGCGCUUAUUUUGCUUCUACUUCUUUAAUGAACAAAUUAUACCAUACAAAACUACAGCUUACACAUUGUGUAAAGACUGGUAAGUAUAUCUCAGUGUCAGUCCUAUAAACCACUCUCCUGCAUCACUGACCUUGUUUUAGAUACAUGUAACUGAAACAGGCAUCUUCUGCAUUGAAGUUUAAGAGUUUGAUACCUUAAGUUAUAUCUCUCAGUAAGGGUGAAGAUCAUUUUAAUUAGAGAAAGAGGUGGACCAGGAAGACUGCAUUAGAGAGAAGAAGUUUCACUGAUGUUUCUCUACACCUUUAUAUGAGAAGUUGUCUCGCAAAGUUGUAUUCUCUUCAGUUUGUACACUGCAUUGUUUUUUUCAUGAGAGAACUUACACAUUCCUGCCCUUUUUGUGUGGUUAAGCAAAGUGAGAUAAAGAUAAAGAGCAAAAUCUGGUGACUGGAAUCUGUGAACUUUUAAGCACUCCUUCUAGAAGGGUGAUUUGUAAUUGUGAGAAUAUAACAUGUAUAUUCCUCUCCCAAGGGAUAGGCAUUCAUUUUAAAGCCAUAAAUUUUCUGAAAAUGGUAGUUGCCUUAGGGUCUAAAAUGAUGUGUUUGAAAAUAUUUUAAAGAUUUUGGCAUUUGUUCUCUUGAGCAUUUAGGUUAUUUUAGAGGGUCUAUACCUGAAUAUUACACAUGCAUAGCUACACUUUUUUUGUCAUUUCCUUUUUUCAUUCUAUAAUGGAGAGGCUGUAACCAUAGUAUAAUUUUUCUAUUCUUAGCUGAGGUCUGUUAUAUUUGGUGA